AUAGAGCGACACUUAUCUUUUAUUUUUAUUUUUCUUCAGAUUUGUUUUUUUGUUUCUUCUUCUUUGAUUUAUCUGAGUAAAAGCUUUUUAAAAACUAACAUAGGAUUGAAGAAGACGAUGGAGAAAUUAUCUAAUGGCGUUAGAGAUCACUGUUUGAUCAGUGACUAUGUUUCUCCUUCAGCUCCUGCUCCUCUUAAACAACCUUUCGUGAUCGGUGUUGCCGGAGGAACCGCCUCCGGGAAGACGACGGUUUGCAAUAUGAUCAUGUCUCAGUUACAUGAUCAACGUGUUGUCCUUGUUAACCAAGAUUCGUUUUACCACUCGCUUACUAAGGAGAAAUUGAACAAGGUUCAUGAAUAUAACUUCGAUCAUCCUGAUGCAUUCAACACUGAGGUUUUACUUUCAUGUAUGGAGAAGUUACGAUCUGGACAACCAGUGAACAUUCCGAGUUACGAUUUCAAAAUCCAUCAGAGCAUUGAAUCAUCAAGUCCGGUUAAUCCUGGUGAUGUAAUCAUCUUAGAGGGAAUCCUAGUUCUUAAUGAUCCUCGAGUUCGUGAUCUCAUGAACAUGAAGAUCUUUGUCGAUACAGAUGCUGAUGUACGACUCUCGAGAAGAAUACAGCGUGACACCGUCGAGAGAGGAAGAAACAUACAGAAUGUGCUUGAACAGUAUACUAAGUUUGUGAAGCCGAGCUUCGAUGAAUACAUUCAGCCGUCGAUGAAGUAUGCUGAUAUAAUCAUUCCACGAGGAGGAGAUAAUGAUGUUGCAAUUGAUCUCAUUGUACAACAUAUUCGUACAAAGCUGUGCCAACACAAUCUCUGUAAGAUAUACUCAAACAUCUUCAUCAUAUCUUCAACAUUCCAGAUCAAAGGAAUGCAUACUCUUAUCCGUGAUAUCAACACAACCAAGCAUGAUUUCGUCUUCUACGCUGACCGAUUGAUUCGACUGGUCGUGGAACAUGGACUUGGUCAUCUUCCUUUCACAGAGAAACAGAUCACAACUCCAACAGGGUCAGUGUACACUGGAGUCGACUUCUGCAAGAGAUUGUGCGGUGUCUCAGUGAUCAGAAGUGGAGAAAGCAUGGAAAACGCUCUAAGAGCUUGCUGCAAUGGGAUUAAGAUUGGUAAAAUCCUCAUUCACAGAGAGAAUAACGAUGGUCGUCAGUUAAUAUAUGAGAAGUUGCCAAAAGAUAUCUCAAGCAGACAUGUCUUCCUCCUUGACCCUGUUCUAGCAUCAGGCUACUCUGCAGUUAAAGCUAUAACUUUGCUUCUAAGCAAGGGAGUUCCAGAAUCACAUAUCAUCUUUCUCAAUCUUAUAGCAGUAACUAAAGACCAACCAAACAAACCUCUUGUCCAUGUUUCUCUCUGUAAUCAUCAUUAUUAUUACUAACACAAGAAAAAACCGCAGGCACCUCAAGGCAUCCACGCGCUUUGCAAGAAAUUCCCGAUGCUAAAGAUUGUGACAUCGGAAAUCGAUUCAUCUCUCAAUGAGGACUCACGUGUGAUUCCAGGCUUGGGAGAAUUUGCAGACCGUUACUUUGGGACAAACAACAUUAAUUCAAAAGUAUCAAGCUUGUCUACAAAUCUCAAGUUAAGAAGCUAAAACAAAGAUAUGCUCUUCUAUAGUUCCAACAAAGCCAUGCCUUCAUCAUCAUACUAAACUUGAAUAACCUACUGAUUCAUCCUGAGUUUCUCCAAUCUUCAUUCUCUUGUUUAGCUAAUAUUUAUCCUAUUUCUAUCAAUAACUCUAUCUAACAUCACAUUGAAACACAUACAUUUCUUUUUGGGUAGACUAAUCUCCAAUCUUAUAGUUGUAUAUGCUAAUAGCUACAUUAUUGAUCUAUUUUGGCAUAGAACAUCAACAGGAACUAAACAUCUCAUUCCAUU